GCAUCGUAAUUUCUUCUUGUAAGGAAAAGAAAAAUCGGAUAGAUUGUCGAGAUAUAAUUCUCCUUUAUCGAAUCCUACCGUCGGAACGAACUGAUCAGAUAUUUACCCGUUUGUUCAAUCAAAUAUUGGCGUAGGACGAUAAAAUUGUACACGAAAUCGCGUGUUAUUUUCUACUCAACCCUUUCCAUCGCGUCUAAAGUUACGCGCUAGCAACACGUCGGGACUCGAUACACGACUUAGUAGCCGCGUACUUGAAACGUUAAUGACACAAUGGAUGAUCGGAUGAAUGGUCUAUCCUCCUUCCCCCGUAUUAUCAUUUUACCCCGUAUUCGGGAGAGGAAUAGAAUCGCGAGUGAACGCGUUUGACGAGAAAUCGAAUGGAACGAUUAAAGUCAAAUUCGACCACUGUUUGGCGGGUGUUGUGUCUCUCUGUCACGGCAUCAGGUUUCGCGUGGAGUCACGUGAGGAUGAGGAAAAGUGUGGGCAGAUCGAUUCUAAUCGUGCAAUACACACGACAAUCGAACGGCACAACAGGGAGGAAAAGCUGGCUAUAAAAAUAGAAGGGAGAGCAGGACGUGUACUUGGCCGUAGCCUAUACGAUGUUAUCCUGCCGCGGUGGGUGUCCUUGUUCUUGCGACCGCCAUUACGACGUGUCAAGGCGAGACGCAUAUGUAAUUAAUCAUGCCGGUCGUGCCAGCCGAGGGUGCCGGCCAACUGGAGGACCUUGACGAGCCUCCAGAGCCUCGUGUCCGCGGUGGGAGCGGAAGGGCCAGCCUUAUGAAACCCCUGGUUGUCCUCGCCCUUCCUGGCAUGUAUCUUUUCUACAAGUACAGCCAGUACAGGAGGGAGCAGCGCGAACUGUCACGGAGGCGGGUCACCGAGAGGGAGCUUCAACAUCUUCAUCACAAGAUCGACAAGCUGUUGACCAAGCUCGAGAAAAACGAGCCGGAAUUAGCCUCCUCUCAAGAAGACGAGUGCGUGAUCUGCGUGAAUGCCAGAGCCACGAUGCAGACAGCUCCGUGCGGUCAUCGGGUCGUUUGCAGGCGUUGCUUCGUCAAGACGAUACAAAUGGCCGUUUCGCAGAGGCUUUUACCUUUGAGAUGCGUGAUAUGCAGGGCAAAGAUUCUACGUUUGAAACAAACCCUCAUCCCACGGGACUACUCGAUGUCAGGGAAGUCGUGGGUUCUGCCGCAAAGCGCCUCGGAGUACAACAUGGGGACGGGAGUGCCCGUUGGAGUGACUGGACCCGGUGGAAGAUGGGUCGCUGGAAGCGUCCCAGCAUCCGCCUCCCUCUACUCCAUGGCGAGCGGUUCGUCCUCUAUUUCCGGAGUGUCUUCCGUUUCUUCCUCGAGUUCGUCCUCCGCGAGUAGCACGGCAAGUUCGAAUCUUGGGAAACCGACGAGGGUGAGGCAACCUUCCGGCGCGACUUUGAGACGCUCCCAGACGCAAUCUAUGAAAAUGAGGAUUCAGGAGUAUCAAGAUCCGGUUCAACAGGUCGCCGAGGAGGAGGAGGUGAUGAGGGAGAAUCGUAGAUUGCCGCCUAUCAAGGAAUUCCAAAGAGAUUAUCGCGCGGGGAAAGCAUCCACUAGGAUAAGAUGUGCUCAAAAAAUUGUGACUCAACUGGAAGCGUCGCCGAGUCCCAGGGACUCGAGCAACGUGUCCAGCUCGACGUCCUCGUCAACGACGAAAUCCACGUCGAAGAGGCCUCAGUCUGCGCCGAAGUUGUCGGUGGUCCAAGAGAUACAGAAGUCGAAGAAGGAGAAGGAGAGGGAGAAGGAGCGGGAGAAAGCGGAGAAGGCCCGUCAGAAGGAGGAGGAGAAGGCGGAGAAGACGAGGCAGAAGGAGGCUAAGAAAUUGGCCAAGGAGGAGAAGAAGAGGGCGAAGAAGGAAGCGAAGGCGAGGCGAAAGGAGGCAGAGGAAUCCCUCCUCAGGGAGGAGAAGUAGUAGUCUUCGAGUGGUCGAGUAGGGGGUUAGACAAGUUAGAAAAAUCCGGAACGAUCGAUGUGGAAGCCUGGAAGAGGAAAAAAAAAAAAAGGAUCUCGAAUGUUAGAUAGGAUCUCAUCGUCAGCUCGCUGGCACGUUCAAGCUGUGUCGUGGACGCGAUCGUUGUUAAAGAAAGGGAGAAAAAGAAAAAGAAAAAAAAAGAAAAAAAGAAAAAGAAAUCAAAAGAUUCACGAGCAUUUUGUAAAUUCUUCUAGGGUCUAGCUAGUGUUCUUCUCGAGAUACGCGGCCAUUUCGAUGAUUCAAAGUAGACGGGUUGUGUCUACCGUCUAUUCAUGUAAUAAUAAUAAUAAUAGCGUUUUCAUUCCGGAGAGGAAGGGUCUAUUUAUCGACUACAUAUAUAUAUAUAUAUUACCGCUUUAUUUAAAGAACAAUUAGGAUAAGGCAUUUUAACGUUUUAUAAAAGGGCGGAUAGAGGUGGGUUAGUGGAUAGUUUCGCGGGACAGCUUGAACCGAUGCCAAUCCCGAGGGAUGUGAGAACGGUGUAGCGGCGAUAGUGAGUGAGAGAGAGAGAAAAAAAAACGUAUAUCUAAGAAAACCUAGAAGCGGCCAAACAUAGUAACCUGUCAUAUCGAGUUAUCGCGGACUAAUAAUUACUAAUCGAUAGGAAGACUCGAGAGAAAAGCGUAGCGCUGCGUUGCUAUUAUUUGAUUAUCGCGUAAUCUAUAACAAACCCUUUAUCCUGGGCGUUUCCUUUUUGUAGGAACAGUUACCUCGUGACGUUUUGUCGUUACUUUUUUUUAUAGGAUCAUCACUUACUGCUCGAUCACCGAACUCGAAAUCGAUCGAAUUUCUGGAUCUUGGUUGGUUCUACGAACCAACCACCACGUUAUCGAAAACUUAUUUUUCGAAUAUAUCUGCUUCACGGACAAUACUUUCGAGUUGUAGUAGUUUGUUGAUUCGCAGUUAUUAUUAAUCUCCCCCCUCCCCUCCAGUUCGUUAUUUCUCUAGGAAGAAAAGAAAACUUGUCGUCGAAAUUGUUGUUCUUCGUUCGACGAAUCUCUUCGAUCGUGCAUCCCAAGAUAAUUCUUGUUCCUCCUCCAAUCGAUUCGUACUCGAAGUCAUCGGUGCAUAUAUAUAUAGUUCGUUAUAGAAACUCGUGUGUUAACAUUAAAAUUCACCAUUGUUUCUUCAGAUCCACGACUGUUAUCGCUAGAAGAAGAUGAAACGUAGAAAUGUCGAUGAGAAUCAUCAAGCGUGAAAAGCGAAUUCCAUUUUAUCGAGUACCGAUCAAAAAGUAUUUUUCUUUCUUCUUUUUUUUUUUCCCCCUCGUUUUCAUCCUUGCCGAUCGAUUAUUAAUUUCAUCCUGUUGUUCCCUUCGCGCAUACGUACUCCUGUAUACGUACGCGCACAUUUGUGAGACGAGUGUAUUCACUCGAAGGGAGGUAGACGUAAUUCACGUAUACGUAUAUACGUGUACCACGACGAUACCAAGCCUAAGCAAGGGUUCGAUUGAGAACUUCAUGUGGAAGGACCGUUUGUUACACAACGGUGGGAAUAGAGUUUGAAAGGAAAAAAAGGAAAAAAAGUAAAAAAAAAUAAAUAAAUAAAUAAAUGAAAAAAAAUAAAAAAAAGGAAAUAAAAGGAAAAAAAAAAUAAUCAUAGUACAAUACGAUAGAUAGAUAGAAGACGAAAGCAGAGUUUCGAGCGCAGUGCGUGCCUCGUUUAUCGACUUCGUGAUUAUCGUAGAUGAGUAGUCGUUUUAUCGAUUCGUUUAAAAUCCUCUUCUCUCUCUCGAGACAAGGCUCGAGAAGCUUAAUUAAUCGAUCAACUACUACUUGCUAAAACUAUUACCACCCUUUGCCACCACGUUGCCCUAGGCGCUAUUUCAAAGAGUCCUCUUUAUCUCCUGUCCUGUAACCCUUUCCAAGCGAGCGGAAGUGAUAAAUUACUCGUUGGACGGGAAACGAUCCGAUGUUUCGUGAACUUUACUCACUACUCGUAAUAUUCUCUUUUGGAUGUUAUUUCUAAUCUCUGGUAUUCGAAAACUGCUACGUACUAAACUUUUUAAAAAAAACAAUAUCAAUAUCGAUAGGAUGGAGGAAAUUGCGUGAAAUCCGUAAUUGUAAUAUUCAGAAGAAGAAUUCAGAACACUUGAUCGAUUCGAAAAUAUCGCGGGUUGAAAAAUCCACCACCACCACUUGUGACUUUUCACAAGAGAGAUUGGAAAUUGCGAAACGUGUUAAACGUUAUACGUGAUAUUUCAAGCGGCGGACGGGUAUAAGAAAGUGGCGAAUGAGGGAGGAAAAAGUAGGUUGAAUAUCACGGAGUAUACACGAUUCACGGGAGUUACGAGACUAAUCCCGCGAUUAAACCUCUUUGAAACUGUUCUCGCCCCUCCCCCCACCCCCCUGUCCCUGCCCCUACUUUUUCAACCCUUCGGUUCGAUGAGCGAUACUGGAUAAAAUGAUGCUCGGGGAUAGAAUUAAUAAAAUGUUUGAUCGAUAUUCUCGCAUUAUUAUUAGACAGACCGAUGGUCUUUUCGUUCUUGACACGGGGAGUUACGAGUUUACGAUUUUGAAAUUUUCCUUUUCUUUUUCUUUUUCUUUUUCUUUUACUUCAUCUCUCCAGUUUCGAUGACAGAUUAUUAGUAGAUUUUUUUUUAGCGAUCACUUUGUGAGCCAGCAUCGCUCGGGAAGCCAAGCUCAAGCAGCCAAAAAUCAAAAGCAAUUUUUUUACAGCGCGCGACAAUGAUAUUUACAAAGAGCGAUGGGAUGCGAGGAAAAGAGAAAAGGGAGAGAGGGAAAAGGGAAGCAAGAGACAAGAGACGAGAAGAAUUUGGAAAAUUCGGGAUGAUUAGGAUCAGAAAGCAAGUAUCGAUCAGCAGAGACAAUUUCUCGAUGAGAAGCGAAGAAUUCUCGCUUUUUCUUUUCUGUUCUAUUCGUUACCUCCCUAUUUCCGUUCUUCUGUCAUUCUCUCUUUUUAUUUUUUUAUAUAUUCCUUCGUAACGUUGCUCGCCCUCCUCCUAACUCGACCUAAUUUACGCACUGCCGGUGAUUUUGAUUUCUCGAACGAUCGAACUUUGCGAGGAAAGGCGAGGGAUAUUAAAUCGACGUGUAACGAAUCGGAUCGUUUUUGAUUCGAGGGAUAAACGUUUCUCUUUUUUAUAAAAAGGAAAGAAAAAAAAGAAAAAAAGAAAGGGGAGCGGAGUUCGAUCGAUUCCUUUCCUUUUGAUUUCGCGUGUCAUUUUAAAUUUUUCUCGCGAAGAAAAAAAAAACGGUCGAGAAAGUCUCCAGUUUUCCUCCGUUCGAACGACGAUAGAAGAUAACUCUGGUCGAUAUAAAGACGAAUCCAUCCGCGCGCGAACAGGGAAUCCCUUUCCGUGAGAGAUUUCGUCGUCCGUGGCGGAUUGCGGAUUGAAAAAGACAGAUCUCUUUGUUUGUAUCCGAGAUAAAAAUCAUCGCGCACAUAUCAGUAGUGAUUAAUGCAUUUUACUCGGCGUCUUUGCAACCCAACUUCAUCUAGAACGUGAAAAUCCGUGUCGACCGGGGACCGGGGUUUCGUAUCUUGUCGAGCCGAUACGAUGAAGUUAAACUCGAGGACGCUGCCAAUUAGCGUGUAACGUGUAGACUGUCAAUUAUUACCUGUUACAUCGGUUUCCAUUCGUUAACGGGCCGAGCAUUUCACGUAAGCAUGCAUCAUCGUAAUCGAAAUCGGCGUUUAUUCUAUUCCGAAGGGGCUCGUGCCGCUCGAGCGCCACUCGAACUCCAUUAAGAAAAAGAAGCACGCGCGCUUCUUUCCAGGGUUCGAGGGAACAGUGUCAAGGGAAUCUUCACGCGUUCACAUUUCGAAUCGUUUCGUUGCGUUCUUCGAGACUUUCUCGAAUCUGACGUGAAAAGAAAAGGGAGAGAGAGAGAGAGAGAGACGAGAGGGAAAGAAAAGAAAAUUUUCGAGAAGAUAGAAUAUAGAUCACGGAAAUAAAGAGAGAGAGAGAGAGAAGGAGAGAAAGAAAAUAUGUCGUGCGCGCGCGCGUGAGAAAGAGAGAGAGAGAGAGAGUGUGUGUGUGUGUGUGUGCGUGAGUGUUUUCUGCCAUCGUAAAGUCAAUUUUAUCGUGUACGUAUGUAUAUGUAUAUCGUUUCGAUAAAAAAACGGACGCUGCAGGUAGAUAUUUUUGCUGAGACGAUUUUCAGCGGACGAUUCUUCGAUAUAUACGUGGCCUGAAACUCGAAAGGGAUGGAGAGAAAGGGAUAGACUCCUUCAGGUUCAGCGAUUUUAUUUAUAUCUUUGGCCGGAUCGUAAGAAAUUGUAUGUAUCAAUAUCGUACGAUCCUGACCGUAAAUCCUGGCCUUCCUGGCGUCACUUCGUAUGCAAGCGUAUUUACAAGAUCGUGGUUCGUUCUUCUAGUUUGCGAUCCGCUAUAUCACGUACACUCGAUCGAUCUGAAAGCAAGGAGGAUCGAGAAAUAUAAUAGGGGAUCUGAAAAUGCUUCGAUAGACGAUAGUAGAGAUGAUGCUGUAUAAAUGCGGAUUGAAAGAGAUAAAUUGUUGAGAUACGAAGAUUUUUCGUAUAUGUAGCAUUUCGAAGGAUUAUUUAAGAAAGGAAAGGCAAACUUAUAAAUAUCUCGAGACACAAAAAUUGUUGGCAAUAAUAUUUCAACUAGAAAAAGAGAGAGAGAGAGUAGCGGUGGAUGAGAGAGAGAGGGAGCGAGAGAGAGAGAGAGAGAGAGAGAGAGAGAGAGAGAGAGAGAGAGAGAGAUGAAUCGUGCGGCGUCUGUAAUCGAUACAGCGCGACGUGCAUGUAUCGCGUUCAAUACGAGGAUAACUUUAUUGUACUUUAUCGUGUAAGAGAGAUUUGUAGAGAGUUUAUAUUAGGCCAAUUGUCACAGUGAGAGUUAUAAUACGAUA